GCUCAGUCUAACGACUUUAAAAUUAAGGUAAGAAGAUAGCGGACUUUGACGUUUGAGAUUUCUAAUAACAUGCACAGCAAAGGCGACUGUAUAUGACUAAGCCUGAAACAGUACGCUGUAUCCAAAACUCCAACGCACAUAUUGUGAACUGUACCGACACCUGCUUCAAUUCACAAAGUAUAGCGUAUAACAAAUAUUGGAAAGCACUGAAAAACCACCUCAUCAAAAUUCACAACGUAUUAGGUAGUGCAUAUCUUGUAUUAGUUGAGGGCUUUGGAGGUGUGUACUUGUGCGGGAGUAUGUAGUCUCAUUCCACUGAAAUAAAGAGAUACUCAAUGGAUUUUAUCGGACAUUAAUUGUAACCACUUCAGAAGUCUUGAAACCUUAAAUACAAUUGCCGACCAUAAAACUUUUGGUAUUUUAAAGCUAUGAUAGCCGUUCAGGUAUGUGUUCCCUGGUUCUGGUGAAAGGAAAAGACCAUGGGUGCAAACUGUCUCGAACGUCAAUCUUGCUCAUAAUUCACCCGUUUU